UCGACAUUCCUUUUCCUCCCUACUCCGUCUUCCUCCCCUCGCUGGUUCUCUUCGAAACCCUUUUUUUUUGUUGAUCUCCGGGAGUACCUCCAGUCUCUGUCGUUCCGGAGCUGAGAAAAUGAGUUUUGGAGUCGUAAGACGACGGAUUGCGUCUGGUGGCUCUAAUCUGUUUUCUGUGCAGUAUUUGCGGGCAAUUCGACCUUCCAUUUCUGCUGGAAGAGUUCGCACCGUUGCUGAGAAAGAGAUUUUGCACCAAUGUAGAAGCUUUGGACAUGUCAGAAACUUUUCUCACGUACUUUCACCUGGUGGUCCUGUUAGCAGUCCACAAUCUCUAAGGGUAGCUUUUGUGAGUAUGCUGCAAAGACCUAUGAUGCAAAUGAAUGGCCGGAAAUUCUCUUCAGAUAAUGGGGAUCUGCUUGACGUUGUUGUCCCUCCAUUGGCUGAGUCUAUUACUGAUGGAACGCUGGCAAAAUUCCUGAAGAAUCCGGGUGAUAGAGUGGAAUUGGAUGAAGCAAUUGCUCAAAUUGAAACAGAUAAGGUUACAAUUGAUGUCACUAGUCCAGGAGCUGGUGUUAUCCAGAAGUUUGUUGCCAAGGAAGGAGAUACCGUGGAACCAGGAACCAAGGUUGCUGUUAUUUCAAAAUCUGGUGAAGGUGUAACUCAUGUUGCUCCUUCUGAGAAAGCACCAGAGCAAGCUGCAUCUCCGGCUGCUCCAGCUGAAAAAGUAGAAAAGCCUAAAGUUGAAACACCUACUAGCGUGAAGCCUAAGGCACCAUCUCCACCACCUCCUAAACGCUCGGCUACUGAACCCCAGCUUCCUCCCAAGGAUAGGGAAAGACGAGUUCCAAUGACAAGGCUUCGAAAGAGGGUUGCUACGCGAUUGAAAGAUUCUCAGAACACAUUUGCUAUGUUGACCACCUUCAAUGAAGUUGACAUGACAAAUUUGAUGAAGCUUCGUUCUGAUUACAAGGAUGCUUUUGUUGAGAAGCACGGAGUCAAGUUGGGUCUUAUGUCUGGAUUUAUUAAAGCUGCUGUCAGUGGGCUUCAGAAUCAACCUAUUAUUAAUGCUGUGAUUGAUGGGGAUGAUAUAAUAUACAGAGACUAUGUAGACAUUAGCAUAGCCGUUGGAACUCCUAAGGGUCUUGUUGUGCCAGUAAUUCGAAAUGCUGAUAAGAUGAAUUUUGCCGACAUAGAGAAGGAGAUAAACACCCUUGCAAAGAAGGCAAAUGAUGGUACCAUAUCAAUUGACGAGAUGGCUGGAGGUUCCUUCACCGUAUCCAACGGUGGUGUUUAUGGAAGCCUUUUGAGUACCCCCAUUAUUAAUCCUCCUCAGUCUGCAAUCUUGGGAAUGCACUCAAUUGUCCCCCGUCCGGUUGUGGUUGGAGGCAACGUUGUGUCAAGGCCAAUGAUGUACAUUGCUCUAACAUAUGACCAUAGACUCAUUGAUGGAAGAGAGGCGGUGUUCUUUUUGCGCCGCAUCAAAGAUGUCGUGGAAGACCCACGGAGACUUCUCCUUGACAUUUAAAGUCUCUGAAAACCAAAGCUGUUAUGAAGAUAUCAUCAGCGUGGAGUGUUUCCAUAAGAGGGUAAAACUCCAAAACCUUCACAAACCAUUUGAGAAAUAAAUACUCGUUUUCCUCAGAUUUUUUUAAGUUUUGUAGAAUUUUCCCAUACUUGUUGUGCUCCCAAAAGUAAUUGCGGCUUGUCUCAUAAUUGAUACUGAAUGAGGAUCUUGUUGGAAAGCAUGUUUUUUAAGCGAUUUUCCAUGAAUUUGUGCUGUGGGAACUGCCACGCCCAUGCUGUUGAAUUAUUAUUAUUAUUAUUUUUUAUAAUGAAGUCAUCUAUGGGAUUUAUUGCCCAACC